AUGGAAAAUUUUCACAUCACAACUGAUAAUUACGGUAACCUAACAAUAUCGCCGACUGAUUACGGUUCAUGGGAUAACGAUUCUCCGAAUACGAGUUGCUCCAUGAGCCAGGCGUUUUUUUCCGAAAACUGCGAAUCGUGUAGCGAUGGCACUCGAAAUUUAAUAUUGAAUGGGGAUUAUUUACGUGCGAAAAUAGGCCGACGUUUUAAAAACUGGGAUGUUCCGUACUUGGCAAUAUUUUUGGCCAACAAUAAAAACGUGGUUAAACUGUGCUUAGCAAACAACGUCAUCGAUUCUGCUGGUUUCAUCGGUUUAAUCACUCAUUUACUUGUGCACGAGUACGUUCAAGAAUUAGAUUUGCGCAACAAUCACAUAGGCGACCCUGGAAUAAAUUUCAUGUACUACAAUAGAGACAAAUUAAAGUUAAAAGUCCUUCGAUUGCGCGGAAAUGAAAUUGGGACGCGAAAUGGCACAAAAGUUGCGCUGACGGUAGCGGACAAUAAAUUCAUUCAACACCUGGACGUCGCCGAAACGAAUCAAAACGAAAGUAGCUUGAUUUAUUUCACGACUGUACUGAGAUCGGAUUUGGGGUUCGACAACAAUCUCAAGAUUCUUGACUUGAGCCGACCCAGUCCCAAGUGCGCGUAUUCCAAAGCGGACGGUCAGCAUGUCGCUGAAACCAUUGGAAUCGCGUUGCGAUACAACGCAACGUUGGAAGAAUUGCAUUUGCAAAAAUUUAGCUUCAGUUGUCACGACGUGGAGGACAUGCUUCGAAACGCUGGGCACAACAGGACUCUGAGGCUACUGGAUCUGCGUUGCAAUAAUAUUGGAGACCAUGGGGUCGGAGUUUUGUCAAAAUGGCUGAGAAAUUGCUGUCCCCUUCACUCAUUGUUACUGGGCCACAAUAAUAUUUCCAAUCACGGAGUCAGGGCGCUGAGCGAAACCGUGCCGUUUUCAAAGUUGACGAGACUUGAUCUGUCGCACAACAGAUUCGACGAUAUGGGCGCUGUUGAACUUUUCAACGCGAUUUUUAAGCUUCCGUUGAUUAAGCAUAUUAGAAUUUACGGUAACAACAUCGGAUCGCUAACAGCAGAGGUGAUCGAGAAACUGUUGGAAUUGAAUAUUUUUGAACAGAAAAAUAUUGAUUUGAAGGUGUACAGAGUCGAUGGAAUACCAUGUUUGGCUUAUUACGAAUGUGACUGA